CAUCGUUUUGUUUGUGUCUGAUAGUGCGUCCGCGUGUUCCGUGCGAACGUGCGAACCGUGGUGUAAACCGUUGGUGCAAACUGUUCAAACGACGUAAAGUUGGUGAAGUGUCUCAUUGAUGGAUGAUCAUACUACGACAGCGAAAGUUGUAGAAUUUAUUUUGUUCAGCACUCGAAGGAACGAAGUGUUUGUCUCUUAGUCCACUAUAUUUUGACUUUGAGUUUCGGUGUUCCUGAUACCUUCUGACUGGAUAUGACCGCAGCUACGGAAGCUAUUCUACCAGUGCCUUGACAAGAAGUCGCAGGAAGGGACGUGCCGCACGCCUUGGAUGAGGUUUUAAACUAUUCGCAAACAUGAAAAUUAAAGUGGAGAAGAGUCACGGCGACUCGGUGUAUGCCAGUAAUGAGACGUCUGGACGCGUCGGGGUAGGACAGACUGGCAAUGCUGGCACCAGUUUUCCUCAUAAAGUCAAGCAGGAACCAAGAGAGCAGCCAGAGAGUGGAAGAGCUGUUGAAAGAAAGUGGUACAGUAAUGGUCCCCUUGCCUCCCCUGUGCGCUCAGGACGACGAAAUGCGGUGAAGCGAGAGCGUUCGCCUAAAUUUGACACGUCUGUUCAGCCUUCACGUGCACAGGAACAGAAUUACCAGCUGCCCAUUCCCGUACAUGUUGGUACUGUCGGGAGUUCCUCGCAACAGCAGAGCGCACAUCACGCAGCCAAUCGGAGUGUCGAAUAUGGAAUGCGGAUGCACGCCGGACAUGGCCCGUGGAGACGAAAUCAUCAGGUCUGGCGACCACCCCACGCAAACCGCUGGGAACGGCCGUGUCCUCCUCCGAGCUUCUCUGGACCCCCUCAAUUUAUUGGCAACAUGCAAGACCCAGGAGCAUUUCGCAAGCCGAAAAAGAAGAAAAAACGCAGACAGAACCGUCCAGCUCAGCCUGCCAUGUCCCGAGGAGUGCCACGGUUUGCCGGCACCUCUGCGAGUGGAACACGUUCCCUCACGAACGAGACUACAUCUCGGCAACCGUCUUGGCAAAAUGAGUCCAGUGACAAGAAGAGUCUAAAGACUGAAAUGGAUGUCAAAGAAGAGUUGGCUGAGCCAGGACCCAGUUCAGAUGUGGCUGCAGAUGCACAAACGGUCGGUGAAGGACCACCUAAGAAGAAAAUGAAACAAGGUGUGACCUCAUCGAGACCGCUCACAUCUCAAGAUGUGCGAGAAAAAGCUCUGGAAAGACUCAGAGCAGCACAGUUUCGUCUCCUCAACGAAGAAAUGUACUUAACAAGUGGCAGCCAGGCUGAGCAGGCAUUCAAGGAAGAUCCACAGGCAUUCAAGUACUACCAUGCAGGGUUUCAAAAGCAGGUUGCAAAAUGGCCAGUCAAUCCGGUUGAUGUCAUCAUAGCCGACCUAAAAAAAUUGCCCAAGGUGACAGUGAUUGCAGAUAUGGGAUGUGGCAAUGCCAAAAUUUCCGAGUCACUGCAGAAGAGGAAAGUGCACUCGUUUGACCUUGUAGCACUGAACGAUCGUGUCACACAGUGUGACAUGUCCAACGUGCCACUUGACAGCAGCAGUGUGGACGUUGUGGUGUUUUGCCUGUCCCUCAUGGGCACAAAUCUGAACAGCUUUAUCCUCGAAGCCAAUAGGAUACUGAAGACUGAGGGAGCCCUAAAAAUUGCUGAAGUUGAGAGCCGAUUCAACAGUGUUGAUGGCUUUGUGGAUGCACUGAAGAAGUUUGGAUUUGUGCUUAAGAGUCAAAAUGGCUCUUACAAGAUGUUCAUCCUCUUUGACUUCAAGAAAACACAAGCUGUGAAAGAAAAUCCAGGACUUCCUACCCUCGAGUUGAAGCCUUGUCUGUAUAAGAAAAGAUAGACUGGCGGCUUAAUGUAAUUAAAACAUACCUUUAUUCUUUGCAA